AUGCUCUCCGCAGUACUAGCUACGUCCCUGUUGGCGGCCGUCGCGUCGGCAGUGCCCGGCCAGCCCGCCGCUAAGGUUUAUGACUAUAUCGUUGUCGGUGGCGGCACAGCGGGACUUGCUUUGUCGACUCGUUUAAGCCUGGGAUUGCCAGAUGCCACGGUCCUUGUUAUCGAAGCAGGAGAGGCUGGCCUUGGUGACGAACGUAUUGAGAUUCCCGGACGCAGGGGCACGACAUUUGGUUCGAAAUACGACUGGAACUUGACAACCGUACCCCAAGAAGGCUCAAAUGGACGUACUUGGGUUCAGACGCGAGGUCACGUCUUGGGUGGCAGCUCCGCCCUCAACCUCUUCUCCUACGACAGAGCAUCUGCUCACGAGUACGAUGGGUGGGAAGAGUUGGGAAACCCCGGCUGGAACUGGAAUACCAUGCGCGCCGCCAUGAUGAAGUCAGAGAACUUUACUUCAGCGAACACAGCAUACUACACGGGAAGCGAAGGCGUGGGAAAUGCCGGUCCAAUCAAGGCCCUGAUCAACCGUCUUCUACCUGAGCACCAGGUUCCUCUAAUCCCAGUUAUGAACAGCCUCGGCAUCGAGACAAAUCUGGAGUCUUUGAACGGAAAUCCUAUCGGCGUUGUCUAUUCCCCAAACAGCAUCGAACCCACCCACUACAACCGUUCUUACAGCGCCAACUCAUAUCUCCCUCUGGCGGGCCCGAAUCAUUACGUUUUAACAGAAGCUAAGGUCGCCAAGGUCAACCUCAAAUCCAGCUGCGGCAAGAAACGCGCCACUGGCGUGACGCUCGUCGACGGGACUGUUCUGAAGGCACGCCGUGAGGUUAUCAUUUCUGCUGGUAGCUUGCUUAGCCCAGCAGUGCUCGAGAACUCGGGUAUCGGCAAGACCGACGUUCUCUCUGCCGCCGGCAUCAAGCAACAGAUUAACCUUCCAGGCGUUGGCGAGAACCUCCAAGACCACAUCCGGAUUCAAAGUUCCUACGAGCUCAGCAAAAACUACACUGGCUAUGACCGUCUCAAAUACGAUACCACCUACGCCGCCGAGCAGCUCCAGCUCUGGUGGGACGGCGAGGUAUCUAUGUACGGAUACUCUGGCAGUGGUUACGCGUUCACGAACUGGAACCAGGCUCUGGGUAAGGAGGGAGAAUCCAGCCUUCUCGCACUUGCCGAGAGUGCUAUUGGUGCCUCAGAACACCCUGUCGAGCAGAAGAAAUUGCAGUGGCUUAACGACACCACCGUGCCGCAACUUGAAAUCCUCUUUAGCGACGGCUACACCGGUGUCAAGGGAUAUCCCGCAAAAGGAAGUGAAGGGUAUGGUAAGGACUACUUCACACUUAUCGCGGCAAUCAUGCACCCUUUGAGUCGCGGUAACGUUCACAUCAACCCCGCCAAUCCUCUCGGGGCCCCCUUGAUCGACCCCAAGUAUCUAACUCACGAGUAUGACUUGCAAGCUGCAAUUGAAGCUAUCAAGAAGUGCCGCCAAGUCGCGCUUACUGAGCCCCUGAGAUCCACUUGGGUUUCCGAGUACGAGCCGGGCUUGAACAUCACUACCGAGGCCCAGUGGAGAGAGUUUGCUCUCAAGACAGCGUUGUCUAUUUAUCACCCGGUUGGAUCCUGCGCCAUGCUUCCCAAGGAAGACGGCGGUGUUGUUGAUCCCACAUUGAAAGUCUAUGGCACGACCAAUUUGAGAGUUGUUGACGCCAGUAUUAUACCCGUUCUGAUUUCGGCGCACAUCCAAACGGCUGUUUACGGUAUCGCCGAAAGAGCUGCUGAGAUCAUUAUCAAGGCAGCGAAGUAG